AAUAAAAUUGAAGAUCAAACACAAAAAAAGAAUUUAAGAGCAGCAACACGAGCACUAAUUUCAGUUGUUUCAAUGUAUUUAAUGUCCAAAGUAUUACAAGUUGCUGUUACCUUCUUUGAAACAUUUUCACCCGAAAGACUUACUGAGGACGAGUUUCGUCCAAUUUAUUCUUAUGCCAACGAUAUUAUUCCUAUUUUGACAUUACUUUCGAGUACUCUUCGAUUUCCAAUUUAUUGUGUUUGUAAUAAACCAAUGCUUAUAGCUACUCGUGCAACUUUAAAAAGAAUUUUGCAUCGAACAACAAUUUCAGCACCUAAAAAGAAAAGAAAACGGCUCUCAUCAAGUUCAUUCUCAGAUUCUUCAAUUUCAUCAGAAAUACAUUCUGGAUGGCAUAAUAAUUAUCCUUCAUUAAUUUUAAAUAAACAAUUUAAAUUAAAAAAUAAAAAAGAAGAAAAUAAAAAUUGGAGAAAUGGGGGAAUUAAUUUAAAUAUUAAAAAUGAUUUUGUAGAAAAAGAAAAUUUAAAAAAAGUUUGUACAAUUGCAAGUCCAGAUGAAGACAAAACAACAGAAAAUGAAGAAGAGGAAGAAUUAUUUUCAUAUAUGUAG